CACCCAGAAGUGAACAAAGCGACCCGGAAGCGGUGGUCCGACUGGAGGCAGAAAGAACAUCAAGCUUUUAUAUUUUAGCCGUGCUCGCAAGACAAUAUCUGCACGCAGGACUCCAGGAUGGCAGAGCCUCGAUUUAACAACCCGUACUUUUGGCCACCGCCACCAUCCAUGCCAGGCCAGCUGGAUAACCUGGUCCUCAUUAACAAGAUCAAGGAGCAGCUGAUGGCUGAGAAGAUUCGACCCUUGCACCUGCCGCCUACCUCCACCCCCUCCCAGCAGCCUCUACUGGUGCCCACCUCCUCCCCGGACGGGAGCGGCCAGCACGGCAUGCCGGUGCCCAAGCCUCAGCCGCAGCAGGUGCCGGGACACCACCCGCAGCCGCAGGGCUCCGGGCAGCCGGACAUCGCGCUGCACGCUCGUCCCGCCUCCAGCUCUGGACAAGAGGGAAAUAUGGACGACAAGUCGGCGGUGAAGGCCAAAGGCUUAUGGGAGGACUGGCACAUGAGGCAGCUCAGCGAGCAGGUUGGCCGGGUCAAUCAUCGCUCAGGACUGGCUCCUUCAUCUCGACCUGACAGCCACAGCACCUCGGAGGCCCUGACCCCCACGACCCCCACCUCCAGCAGCCAGAACCGGCUGGGCGGCGCCCCCUCUGUGAACAUCAUCUCCGGGCUGGCCAGCGGCCCCGGCAUGGACCACAUGAAGGCUGGCGGCCUGGCGGGGCUGCUGGGCCCCCCGCCGAAGGCGCCGCGGGGGAGGAAGAAGAUCAAAGCCGAAAACACCACCGGCCCUCUGCUGGUGGUGCCCUACCCCAUCCUCGCCGACCAAGGCUGUGUCACCGUCGCACCCAAAGAAGGCAAAACCUACAGAUGCAAAGUCUGCCCGCUCACCUUCUUAACCAAGUCAGAGAUGCAGAUUCAUUCCAAGUCCCACACGGAGGCCAAGCCACACAAGUGUCCCCACUGUUCCAAGACGUUUGCCAACGCCUCGUACCUGGCCCAGCACCUGCGCAUCCACCUGGGGAUCAAGCCCUACCACUGCUCCUACUGCGAGAACUCCUUCCGUCAGCUGUCACACCUGCAGCAGCACACCAGAAUCCACACCGGCGACCGGCCGUAUAAAUGCGCUCACCCCGGCUGUGAAAAGGCUUUCACCCAGCUGUCUAACCUCCAGUCUCAUCAGAGGCAGCACAAUAAGGACAAGCCGUACAAAUGUCCCAACUGCUACCGUGCCUAUUCAGACUCCGCGUCAUUGCAGAUCCACUUGUCAGCGCAUGCCAUCAAAAACGCCAAGGCCUACUGCUGUAGCAUGUGUGGCCGGGCAUACACCUCAGAGACCUACCUUAUGAAGCACAUGUCCAAACACACAGUGGUGGAGCACCUAGUGAGCCACCAGUCCCCGCAGAGGACGGAGUCCCCCAGCAUCCCCAUACGCAUCUCCCUCAUCUGAGAGCUCCCCGGACGCUCGGCGGCGAGAUCCGGAGUCCGGAGGCCCCGGGGAGAGCCGGAGAGGCCCCCGCACCCACGGCCACCUUACAUAAGGCUUACAUGAGCAUCCUGACAGCUGACAGAAGCGUUCAUUGUUAGAUCCAGUCAACAGACCGCCUCCAUCCGUCUCCGCCCGGGCCGUCUGUCAACAGUGAGCACAGCAUUAUUUCGUGAAUGUAACAGUCCAGCUAGACGUGGUCCGAGGAGUCGAGCGGCAGCGAAUGUCUUGCGUCAGAUUCGAUAAGCACUUUCGUAAGCGUCAUGUAAACCCGCCGGAUGCAUCGGCCGUUAGAAAAAUUAGGGUUCUCCUUUAGUUAUUAAUGUUAUUAUUAUUAUUAUCCCCUCCCCCCCAUCUUCCAAGGAGUGGGUUUCCAAAAUGUGCCAGAUGAUAUUUUGCCCUGAAAGAAUUGAGAAAGUGGAAAAAGUGAUCAAAAAUUAGCUGGGUGUAUUCUGGAGACAUCCAAAGAUAAUCUUUAAAGCACUUUUAGGCCUUCGCGGUUUUGGCUCAAAUUGUUUCAAUCUUGUCGGAUGGAAAAUGCCAAAGGGCAUUAUUCGUGGCAGCUACGAGUCGUGACUGAGUACAAACUACCAGUCCUUUGUUACUUUUUUCUUUUUUUUUUUAACUCAUAUUUUUGUGCAAGUACAGGGUCAUCUAAAUUAGAAAGAAAGGCAAUCGGUGGAUGACAAUUGAAACACUUCAUGAUUGUAUUAGCAAGAUGUAAUAUUGACUUGAGGAAGAAAAAAAAAAAGAAGAAGAGCAACAUGGAAGGGAAGAAAGAUGAAUGUUUUGUUUGGAGAAUCUUUCACUCU